UUGCACUCACAAUUCACAACUCAUUCACAACACACAACACACGAAAAAGAGCUUUUCCUAAUAAGUUCUAUUAUCUGAACCUCAACGUUUGUCUCGCACAUUCUUUCGCCCUCAUCUUAUGGCCCAAUUUUGACCUCGUUCUUCACAAACAACAAAUCCAAACAGUUAAAGUUGGAGAAAGGCAGUAAUUUCAAUGUACUUGAGGAGAAUACAGUGCAGAGAUCGAAGAUGGGCUUUGCUGUUGCAGCCAUCAAAAUACUUCUUUAGGCCUAAAUUCUCUGAUCAUCAUUGCUUUCAGUCUUUGUCACCUAAGACCACCGUGAAAGAAUAUUCUUCACACGGCGGUAUUUUCAGAAGACAUCUUUUAGGUUCAGAUUCAUCUAAACAUAGUUUUGCUGGUCUGAACAAAAGGCCUAGUUUUUCUCUUAGGAGUACUCAGAUACAAGCUUUUAGUUCCGAAAGCGAUGAAAGUAGUGCAAGUGAGAAUAAACAAGUCCAUGUUAAUGAUGGAGCUAAUUUUGAUAAGGGGAAGAAUCAGCUAGAGAAGGCUGGGGAAGAUGUUAUUAAAUUCAGCAAUGCGCAUGCACGUCUUGGAGAGCAGGAUCAAGAGGAAUGGCUUAACAAUGAGAAGCUUGCUAUAGAAAGUAAAAAGAAAGAAUCACCAUUUUUGACACGAAGAGAUAAGUUUAAGAAUGAGUUUCUAAGAAGAAUUGUUCCAUGGGAGAAAAUAAACAUUUCUUGGGACACAUUUCCUUAUCACAUCAAUGAGCAUUCCAAAAAUCUUCUGAUGGAAUGUGCUGCUUCCCAUUUGCGACAUAAUAAGUUUACUAAGUCUUAUGGCACUCACCUUGCAUCUUCAAGUGGGAGAAUAUUGCUUCAGAGCAUUCCCGGGACUGAGCUCUAUCGCGAGAGAUUAGUUAGAGCUCUUGCACAAGAUUUACAAGUUCCACUGUUGGUGCUUGACAGCAGCAUCCUUGCUCCUUAUGAUAUUGAUGAUGAUCAAUCAUCAGACUAUGAAUCUGAUGAUGAUAAUGCAGAAUCUGGAGAAGAGGGUGAUCUAGAGUCUGAGAAUGAUGAUGAUAAUGAUGCUAGUAAUGAAGAAGAGUGGACAAGCAGUGCUGAAGCGAAGUCAGAUGCAAGUGAUAAUGAAGAUGCCCUAGCAACUGCUGAAGCAGCCCUUAAAAAAGUUAAAGCCGCUGUUAAGAAACUUGUCCCUUACAAUGUUGAAGAAUUUGAGAAGAUGGUGACCGGAGGAGAAGAGAGUUCUGCAUCUUCUAAUUCUAAUGAUGCCAAGUCAUCUGAUAAAAGUGGAUGUGAGCUCAGAAAAGGUGAUCGUGUGAAGUACAUUGGGCCUUCUGUACAAGUUACGGCUGAUGAUAGGAUCGUACUGGGGAAGAUACCGACAUCUGAUGGUCCAACUAAUGCGUAUACUAUUAUACAUGGCAGGCCUUUAAGUAAUGGUCAGAGAGGAGAGGUAUAUGAGGUUAAUGGAGACCGAGUUGCUGUCAUCUUGGAUGUUAAUGAAGAAAAGGCCAAUGAAAGUGAGGUGGAAAACUCUAACAAUGAUCGUGCAAAACCACCAAUUUAUUGGAUACAUGUUAAGGACAUUGAGAAUGAUCUUGAUGCUCAGUCACAGGAUUGCUACAUAGCAGUGGAGGCUUUAUGUGAGGUUUUGAAUACCAAAAAGCCUCUUAUAGUCUAUUUUCCGGAUAGUUCACAGUGGCUGCAUAAAUCAGUUCCUAAAUCCAACCGAAAUGAGUUUUUUCACAAGGUUGAGGAGAUGUUUGACCGGUUAUCUGGCCCCGUAGUAUUGAUUUGCGGGCAAAAUAAAGUUCAUUCAGGAACAAAAGAGAAAGAACAAUUUACUAUGAUACUUCCAAACUUUGGACGUGUGGCUAAGCUGCCUCUUUCUUUGAAGCGGCUGACUGAUGGGUUUAAGGGGGGAAAGACAUCAGAAGAUGAUGAAAUUAACAAGCUCUUCUCUAAUGUUUUGUGUGUGCAUCCACCAAAGGAUGAGAAUCUACAGACAGUAUUCAAAAAACAACUCGAGGAAGAUAGGAAAAUUGUGAUUUCACGUAGUAAUUUGAAUGAACUACGAAAGGUUCUUGAAGAAUAUCAGUUAUCGUGCAUGGAUCUCUUGCAAGUGAAUACUGAAGGAAUCAUUUUAACAAAGCAAAAAGCUGAAAAAGUUGUUGGCUGGGCAAAAAAUCAUUACUUGUCGUCAUGCCUGCUUCCUUCUGUUAAAGGAGAAAGAUUGUGCCUACCUCGCGAAAGUCUUGAAAUUGCGAUCUCAAGGAUGAAAGGCAUGGAAACUAUGUCACGAAAACCGUCUCAGAACCUCAAGAGCCUUGCAAAGGAUGAGUUUGAGAGCAAUUUCAUUUCAGCUGUUGUACCUCCUGGUGAAAUUGGGGUGCAGUUUGAUGACAUAGGGGCUCUUGAAAAUGUUAAGACAGCACUUCAGGAACUUGUUAUUCUUCCAAUGAGAAGGCCUGAGCUUUUCUCUCACGGAAACCUGUUGCGGCCCUGCAAAGGAAUAUUACUUUUUGGUCCUCCUGGCACUGGGAAAACUCUUCUGGCCAAGGCACUUGCAACAGAAGCCGGUGCAAAUUUUAUCAGCAUUACCGGUUCUACCCUUACAUCAAAGUGGUUUGGAGAUGCUGAAAAACUAACCAAAGCGCUUUUCUCAUUUGCCAGCAAGCUUGCACCUGUCAUUAUAUUUGUUGAUGAAGUUGACAGUUUGCUUGGUGCUCGAGGUGGUGCUUUUGAGCAUGAGGCAACUAGAAGAAUGAGGAACGAGUUCAUGGCAGCGUGGGAUGGAUUGAGGUCAAAAGAAAAUCAACGAAUCCUCAUUCUUGGUGCAACAAACCGGCCAUUCGAUCUUGAUGAUGCUGUUAUUCGUCGUUUACCAAGAAGGAUAUAUGUUGAUUUACCAGAUGCUGAAAAUCGAAAGAAGAUUCUAAGAAUAUUCCUUGCAAAAGAAAAUCUCAAUCCUGAAUUUGAGUAUGGGAAACUUGCUAACUUGACCGAAGGAUACUCUGGCAGUGAUUUGAAGAACCUAUGUGUUGCUGCAGCAUAUAGACCUGUUCAAGAGCUCUUAGAAGAAGAAAAGAAGGGAGAAAAAGAUGGUACAACUUCGGUAUUAAGGCCUCUUAAUUUGGAUGAUUUUGUGCAAGCAAAAUCAAAGGUGGGUCCGUCUGUUGUGUAUGAUGCAACAAGCAUGAAUGAGUUGAGGAAGUGGAAUGAAAUGUACGGUGAAGGCGGUAGUAGAACAAAAGCACCAAUGGGAUUCGGGGGCUGAUUUGGAAGGAAGGGUUCUUCUAUUACUAACUUAUCACCAAUGCUUGUUAUAGCAAAGCAAGUUGCGCAAGUAAAAGUGGCAAAGGAGCUCUAGAUAUAUUUCAAUUUACACUUUUAAAUAGCUUCUGCCAAAAUAUAUUUAUUCAGUAUCACCUUUUUGAUGUAUCCUCUAACUUUUUUCAUAUGGUUCAAGGUACCUCUGUUUUGCGCGGAUAUAUUGAGUAGUAUAAGUAAUAAUAUAUUUGUAAUGAAAUGUAGGCAGCCUCUAAUUUUGUGUAGGAAUAUUAAUAUAUUACAAGUUAACAAUAGGGGUAAUUUCCCCAACUAUUUAUUUUUUAUGUUAGCAAUGUUUUAUAAUUAUA